GCGUAAAACUUUCCCUGCGCGCAACUGGCUCCAAAACCGCGCACAGCCUUUUCUGACCAUGAAAGGCAUUUUAAACUUUAUCUAGUUUAGUUAAAUAGACGUGUGCAAUAGCAAGUUAUUGAAAAUAACAUAGCAAUUUCUAUUUAUGGUGCAUUUGCAAGUCUUGUUUUGGCACUGAGAAGUUUUCGGUGAUGGGCAUGGCUGUGCUCUGGGGUUCCCCGGUGAGUUUUCUUCAUGUCUGGCUUACCCUGUUGAUCUGCGGCCAGUGUGCUUUGGCUUUUUCGGUCGCUGGACAACAAGAGACGACCUGUGAGGCGAACGGCAGUGUUUAUUAUGUGGGCGAAUGGUACUUUUUAGACUCAGAUCAUUGUACCCAAUGCGAAUGUACAGCAGACGGGUCUGCUUGCGCGCGGACUGAGUGCACAUCCCUGCCUGCCGCCUGCAUCCAUGUCAGCCAUUACCCGACAGACUGCUGCCCGAGAUGCGAGAAGAUCGGCUGCGAGUACGGCGGAGAAGUCUACGAACUGGGGCAACAGUUUCAGCCCUCCGCAUGUGAGCAGUGUACCUGUUACAGCGACGGCAUCGCCCGCUGUCAGGUCGCAGACUGUGCCCCUCCGCCAUGUGUUAAUCCAGUCUAUCAGAAAGGAAAAUGCUGCCCUCAGUGCAAGGAUGGACCCAACUGUUAUGUGAAUGCCUCUAGGACCCAAGUGAUCCCUGGAGGUGAGCCAGUGUGGGUCGACUCCUGUACUAAAUGUCGAUGUCACGAUGGUCAGGAUGCAGGUUACUGGGAGGGCAACCGUCUGGCAACGUGUUCCCAUGUCCGCAACUGCAAGCCUGAUGAAGGGCUAAACUGAGGAAAGAGGUCAAAAAUAGGGUCAUCUGUCAUCCCCAUUUAUACGAUGGAUGACAAAAACUCAGCAGAUAUCUAAACCACACUUCAUGAUGAAAGUGUCGAGGCUAUACAGCCUACAAGCUUUUAAUGAUUAAAAACAGUGUGUUAUUAUUCUAAUUAACCAUUUAACAUUCCAGUUGCUAAUGUAAAUUGAGCGGGUAUAAUAUUGCUUUGACUUACUAAGGGAUAUUCCCUAAUGAACCAGAUAAUAGAGCUUAGUUUGAGACACCUUUUUGGCAUGGUUAAAAAUAGAACAGUGAGCAUAUUACAUUGUUUAUAUGCCUUUUAGUAUUUUCAUACAGUACAGUAAAAAAAUGUUGACAUUGGGGACUGUGUAGUUCACGUUCUUUGUGAUCGUAUAUAUAUAUAUAUAUAUAUAUAUAUACGUUCUUUGUGAUCGUAUAUAUAUAUAUAUAUAUAUAUAUAUAUGAUUUGAAGUACUGUGUAUGUUUUUAUCAUUUUCUGCUUCAACUGCAUGAAAACCAAAGUAUGUUCAGACUGCAAGACUUACAUUACUGCCAUGCAGGCAUGGAAACAGCUAAUGUAGCACGAAAUACAAACAAACUAACCUAUCAUAAAGAAAUCAUUUAUAAAUAAAGCAAGCUCAUUUUUGCUUUAUUUCUGUUCUGACACUUCGUUAAAAGCCGUGGGAACAUUGCUACUUUUUUCGAGGCCUGUAUUUGCAGCAAUGACACAGAAUAUACACAAAUAUAAAUAAACUACAAGUGAUCUA